GAUUGUAGAGUGUUUUGUUGUGUUGUUAUGUAUGUCGUGCGCGAGAACGAGUGCAGCAGUAGCAGCGAGCGAGCAGUAGGCAAGAGUAGAGGUAGCCGUCGUUUCGUUCGGUUUCGUCGGGGUUUUGUGUAGUGGCAAUUAUCAACCAGGUGACAUUACAAGCUAUUGGCAGUAAAGUUACGGCUACCGUAUCACGGAUCAGUGUUUCGGCGCUUCCAUAGGACCGUAUCGAGCUAGUGCUGUCAGACUGCGUUCGACGUGCGUGAUUUUUGAUUGUGAUUUGGAUCAGCGUGUUCAGGUUGUGCGCGCCGGUUUUGCGUGAUUUGUCCGAAACAGUUGUCGAAUGUUCACCGCUGUGAAAUGAUUCUACAAUGCAUCAGUGCCGUUGCAGCCCGAUUCAUUGCGAACAAAAAUGAUGGAUUAUGAAUUGAGCAACUUGAAAGAAAGUGAGUUAUGAGUGAUUGGUGGAAAUCAUGAGUGACAAGUUACACGACAUUGGGCAAACGUGUCUAUGCCUCUGGCGAUUAAGCUUCAAGUGACCAAGUGCUGUUGCAGCAGUUCAACGUGAUAAAACCCCAUCCUAAGAUAGCAAUUUUCAGGGGAAAAAAAACCAAAGCUCUAAUAACCGUGAAAACCAACAACAAACCACCAAAAAGAGCCAUUUAUAAUUCUGUUUGUGCUGUGUUGUGUUCCGAUAAAAAAGAAAAUCCAAUUCAAGCCAUCGGAGUGAAGAAGUACAAAGUGAAUGAUCGAAACGGUGACAAGUAGUGAACGGCGGUCCAGCAUUCCAGGCGGAGAGAAAACCAUGUCACAUUUUCCUUUCCGAGGAUCGCCCACCACCCAGAGUACUACACCAUCCGCACCUUCAGCGCCAUCAUCACCACCCGCAGCUCCAGUGGCAAUGGCAGUUACGACGACAGUGCCUCCAGGAGCCCGCAGCACAUCUCCAUGUUCAGCGACUUCCGGUCCUCCUACGUCUGGUAGUGGGCGAUGCUGUGAUACUGGUAGACCAAUCUUUACCGAUCCCAUCUCGGGUCAAACGGUGUGUUCGUGUCAGUAUGAUCUGAUUAACUAUCAACGGUUAGCUAGUGCUGGAAUCGCUGGCCCCGGUGGUGUUCCUCUUUCAAUGUACAGUGCGCCAUACAGUCCUGAAACGAUGGCUGCAUACUUUCCUGCGAUAGGAGCCGAUCAGGCGCCAUUCUACGCAAACCCCGCCGCUGCCGGAAUCGACCUGAAGGAAAAUCUAGCAGCAGGUGGUGCACCAUGGCCUUAUCCCUCCGUUUACCACCCGUACGACGCUGCCUUCGGUUACCCUUUCAACUCCUACGGAAUGGAUCUGAACGGAGCGCGACGGAAAAACGCCACCCGGGAGACCACGAGCACGCUGAAAGCGUGGCUAAACGAGCACAAAAAGAAUCCGUAUCCUACCAAAGGCGAAAAGAUUAUGCUAGCGAUAAUCACGAAAAUGACCCUCACGCAAGUGUCCACGUGGUUCGCGAACGCGCGGCGGCGGCUAAAAAAGGAGAAUAAAAUGACCUGGGAGCCCCGCAACCGGGUGGAGGACGACGAUGUCAACCUGGACGAUGACGACGACGAUAACAAGAGCUUGAAGGAUGAUAAGGAAAUACUAGAUUCCAAAGAUUCAGGAACAGGAUCGAGCGAAGACGGUGACCGGCCUUCGCGGCUUGAUAUGCUGGAUCGGCCUGGAAACAGUGAAUGGAACGGAUCCCGUAAUGGCAGUGGACCCAAUUCACCAGACAUUUACGACCGGCCCAUGCAUGGUCAUCCCCUACUGCAUCCCUCCAACUUCCCGCCCCACUUACGAUCCACGAUAGGUACCCCUCCUGAGGUGAUUCACACCCCUAGCGGAAGUACAAACCCCAGCAAACCAAGAAUAUGGUCUCUCGCUGAUAUGGCCAGUAAGGAGAACAAAGAUUCCGAAUCUUCAUCACCAGGCGGGUACCCCUCACCAGGAAAAAUCAUAACACCUCUCGCAGGACGUGGACUUAACCCAUUGCACCACCAUCCUUACAUGAGGCCCGAGUUUUAUCGCAAUUUUUACGGCCCGCACUUAACGCCAGGUUCUCCGGAAGUGUCUCUACUGGAAUCCUACCAGCGCACCUUUGGAGCUACGUUAGCUCAUAACGGAAUUCCCGUCGGCAUCAGUCCGCUUAUAUCGAAAGCCUCCGGAAGUGGGCCUCCGUUUGCACCUCUCAGUCUAACCACAAGCAGUAAUCCAACAAUGGCGCCACAACCAGGAGCGUCGCCUGCCUCAAGCACCUCCUCUGGACCUGAAAACCUUACUCCCACCUCGCCCACCGCUGAGAAGCUAGUAUCCGUGACACAUACAUCCAAACCAUGACAGCUGGAAAUCAAGUAAGCCAUCUCUGUAAUUAAUGCAAAACUACCGGAUUUGCUGUAGUUUUGGAAUUUGGCGAUAAAAAAAAACAAUCAGACAAUAAUGAUAAAUGUGAUUAUAAGUUUUCCCAUUCUCAACGGUCACGGCCCGGGCAAAAUGCAAGUUCUUUCCUUCUUUGCUACCAUAAAAAAUAGCCCCCUUAAAACAUGAAAUGAGCUGCCUAAUCAGUACAGUGAAUAAACAAAUUCAACCAUCAUCAAUCAGCUUGCACAAUACCCAUGGGACAAAACACACACACACACACACAGGAAGAAAAGAACAAACGGCUUUCCAAUCGGGUGCGUCGAAAUGCAAUCAAUAUUACAAUAAUUACUCUUAAAUUGCGGCAGUUUUACUUUCGGAUCACCGCGUCGCGUCGCACGAAGAGACGAUCCAAUCCGACUUCAAGUGCUGAAAACGAUUCCAAAUCCAAAAAGCCGUCGGCAAAAUCCCAGCAUAGAACGCGUGCGCGCUUGUUGCGAAUGAGAAGACAAUUGAGGUGCGAAAACAUCCAGAAUCAUUUAUUCCUUCCUCCACUUUGCAACCUUGCUCAUGCCAAGUUCGUAAGCUAAUGGAAAAAUGUAAACCGGCAAAAUACUGAAGUGCAACGAAUUAGUCAUAAAAAAAAUACAAAAAGAGAUAAAAAGGAAGUUUCUUUGGGCAAAAGUAAGGGACACGCAAAAGUGUUGGGAAAUUCUAUCGCCCAAAUUUAAGUUUAUUGUGUCCAUAAAAUGCUCGGACGCAGUGAAUUUUAGGAUUUUUCUUCGAAUAAAAACGGAACUGUUUUUUGUACAUUGUAAUAAAAUGUUUGUAUAAAUACAAAUAAUGAAUGGACAUAUUUAAGCAAAAGUGUUGUAAAUAAAAGAAUUAUAGAUAACAAAAUAGUGUAUGUGAUAUUAAAAUGUAUUAAAUAUUAAUUGAUAAGAGGGUAAGAAGUUUCGCGACGAUUGAACGUUUUUUAUUUCAGUUUUAUCGUGUAUCGUUCUUUUAUUGAACGCAUUUUCGAGAAGCCGUUCCUUCCUUCCUUAGUCAAUCUUGUUUGUAAUUAUCA